AAAUAUUUUUUCAAAAGCAUAACAAAAGAAUACUAAAAUUAAUAAAUUAAUCAUUUCAACAAAAUAUACAAAUAUGGAUAUUUUGAAACUAAAAGUCUCUUUGAGAGGUUUUUACGUUAAUAUCAGAAUGCUUGAUUUUAUAAAUAAAAUUUCUAUAAAAUCAUUAAUGUAUAAAUCUAAAGCAUUUUCAACAGGUUUUUUAUUGCGAGUUAAAGAACCAGAUGCAAAAUUAGAGAAAAAAGAGUCAAUAAGAAUGAAACAGUUUCAUAAAAAAUUAAAAUUGCAACCUAUACCUAAUAUAAUAAUAGGAAUACCACCAAAAGAACGUUUUGUGGACUUGGUUUUAGUGGAAACUGAUCCAAAUAAUGGAGAAUUAAUAACAAAUAAUGAAAAAGAUCCAACGAAGUGGGGAGACUGGCAGAACGGUGGACGGGUGAGCGACUUCUGAUCUAAAACCUUACAUCUUCAUUUGAAGAUAUAAAUAUAAAAAA